UGAAACUAUAUAAAAAUAGCACGAAGAGAGCUGGAAACGUCAAUCGUUUAAAAAAACCUCAUCAUAUGGAUAUUGGAUAUUGAGUGUCAAGGGUCAUAUGAAGGAGGGACUUUGAAUAUCAUGUCUGCUUUUGGCUUAGAUCUGGACGAAUUGACGUCAGCUUUCGAUCAUAAAAAACCAUCUUCCGAGACUCUUGUAGAUACCGGUUCUACACAGCCUGGUGACUUCGAAGAAAAAAAGCGAAAAGCAGAAGCUUCACUCAAACCCUUAUUAAAAGAAGUAGAGGAAGAUUCUACAGAUGAUUCUCCCAAACGUUCAAAACUAUCUGUUGGUGAUACUCUAGAAUUUAAUGCUCCCAGAAUACAAAUACAUAAAAUCAGUUCACCUGAAACAUGUACACACGAGGUGGCUGUUCCCCCUGAUAUUGAAUACAAGCCAAUUAUUAAAGAUUGUGGAUUUCCAGCGAAAACUUUUCCCUUCACGCUUGAUGCAUUUCAGCAACAAGCAAUCAUAUGUAUUGAUAAUAAUCAGUCGGUGCUAUUAUCGGCUCAUACGUCAGCUGGUAAAACUGUUGUUGCUGAAUAUGCAAUCGCAACAGCAUUACGGGAAAAACAACGUGUAAUUUAUACUACUCCUAUUAAAGCACUUAGCAAUCAGAAGUACAGAGAAUUCUUCGAAGCCUUCCCGGAAGUAGGAUUACUUACAGGUGAUGCUACAAUCAAUCCCAGCGCUAGUGUACUCAUCAUGACCACAGAAAUCCUUCAAUCCAUGUUGUAUAAAGGUGCUUCAAUGGUGCGAGAGGUCGGUUGGGUUAUAUUUGACGAAAUUCAUUAUAUGCGUGACCCUGAACGUGGAGUGGUUUGGGAAGAAACUAUAGUGCUUUUACCUGAUAAUGUUCGUUAUGUGUUUCUUAGUGCUACUAUUCCAAAUGCUCGCCAGUUUGCUGAAUGGAUAGCUCACCUUCACCAUCAACCAUGUCACGUUGUUUCAUCUGACUGCCGUCCUGUACCACUACGUCAUUAUCUAUAUCCUGUGGGUAGUGAGGGUUUGUUUCUCGUAUUGGAUGAGGGUAAAUAUUUGGAGCAAAAUUUUGAACGAGCUAUGCGCUCGUUCCUUUCGGAUGAAUCAUCAAAUAAAAGACAAAAGUCACAAGUUGAUUACAAUAAACGUUCUGAAAAUAAUGUCAUUCAAAUUGUUCGUUUGGUCAAACAUCGCAGUUUGGAACCCAUAAUUGUAUUUAGUUUCAGUAAAAAGGAGUGUGAAAUCUAUGCACUCCAAUUAGCCAAAUUCGAUUUCACUACUGAUGCAGAGAAAAAAGUCGUUGAUGAAGUAUUCCGCAAUGCAAUCGAUGGUCUUUCACCUGAAGAUCGCGCAUUACCACAAGUUGAGAGUGUCUUACCAUUGCUUAAGCGUGGUAUUGGUAUACAUCAUGGUGGUCUUUUGCCUUUAUUAAAGGAAACUAUAGAAAUAUUAUUUUCUGAGAAUUUAAUUAAAUGUUUAUUUGCUACAGAAACAUUUGCCAUGGGUUUAAAUAUGCCCGCUAGAACGGUCCUAUUCACCUCGGCUCGUAAAUAUGAUGGACAGUCUUAUCGUUGGAUGAAAAUUUUUUCGUAUAUCCAUAACGUGUAUUUUGUAUAACAGUCCGCUCUAUUCGAUCAUUGUUGUAUAAGUGGACAUACGAGAGUGGAAAAGCAAAACACAUGGUGGUAUCAACAUUUUACGUCAACUUAUAUUACCAGAUAACAUCAGGUGAAUAUAUUCAAAUGUCUGGUCGUGCUGGUCGUCGUGGUAAAGACGAUAGUGGUACUGUAAUUCUAAUGGUUGAUGAAAGUAUGACUAGUGAACUAGCUCAUCAAAUUAUGAUGGGUCCACCACCCCCACUGAAUUCAGCUUUUCAUAUCACUUAUAAUAUGCUGUUAAAUUUAUUGCGUGUUGAAGAAAUUAAUCCGGAAUACAUGAUGGAGAGAAGCUUUUGCCAAUUCCAAAAUUUUGCCAGUCUUCCUAAUAUGUAUAAAGGUAGUGUUGAUUUGAUACAAAACUCAAGUAGAAUCUCAGUUUUAUUUGGAUAGGUUUACGAGUUGUUUAUACAUUCUUAUAACUUUAUUCUAUAAAAAAGACUUUGAACUAUGAAUAGUAAAAUAAUUCAUUCUUUUUUCUGUGGGGACGUCUCCCGGUAAACUCAUGGAAGCUCUGAACGAGCCGAAGAUAUUACAUCCAGUCAUCGUUUGGAAGGACAUUCCGGAAUCUCGACAUGCAGCUUCCCGACUGGGCAUAUUCUAAAAACCUACAUGCGGAUUGACUGAUUAUAAUGAUGAUUUUGUUUGUACUAAGAACUAAAAAUACCCGAGCGUUUUGUACCGUAUUUGACACUGGUUAGGAUAAGAUUCCAUUCCACUCGCCUUCUUUCUUCUUACUUGGGACUUGGAGAGUUCAAGCGUUCGAAUUUUCAUAUUGUACUCGGUAUAGCAAAAAUUCAACUUCGAGAUAAAAUAUUUCUAUUUUGAUUCACCAAUGUCACAGUAAGCAUUUCAUUGAUCUAUCCGCUAUUUCGAUGCUGGUGACUUAAUUAUUCAAAAGUUACUUCGAUAAUCUCCAUUAUGCUUGAUUUUUAUGGAGAAAAUUGUAACUUUCUUGUUAAUUUUGAAUAAUUGCUACUAAUUUUGAUGUUGCAAACAUUAACCGUUACCAGUUUUUUCGUUUCAGGCGUCAAAACAACUUAUCAGUUCGUCUUCCUGUCAUGUGUCAUCAAAUAUCUUCCAAAGUUUUUUUAAUAUUUCUACUGUAAAUCCCUAUGCAUAAUUCAUUUUUGUCUAUCACUGAUAAGCUUAAUAUUCUAGCUUAAGAAUCGGAAGUAAGUGUACAUAUGCAUAAUUUGGUAUGAACUUGUAACACUAAAGAAUUCAAUAUAAUGUUACUUACAGUUUCAAAUUCACACUGUACUUGUUUGUCUUCUCAUAUGAGAUUACCUUUUCUUAUUUCCCUACCUGAUUGAAUAAUCACUUUCUUAAUGAUUUUAUUCAUCAAACUCAUUCUUUUUUUUCAAGUAAUAUAAAGCUGGUUUUUAUUAUUAUAUAUUUUUGUUGCUGACAGUACAAAUUGACAGAGCAGCUAAAAUAGACAGUUCAAACUAUUAUCGUGGCAAAAACUGCUAAUCAAUUUAAACGGAUACUUUGUUAUAUGGAAUCAAACUUUGUUGAUACCUUUGAUUACGAAAAUUUAUCAGUAUUCCGAAAGUUAUAUCAUUUACAUUAUACCCACAUUAGAUCUUAUUUACUAUGGUAGACUCAAAGAAUAAUAUCAGGUUAUCGAGUGAUUUGUAAUUACUACUACAAAACGGUUACAAAAUAUGCUAAUUUACAUAAUCACUAAUGUAUGUUGCAAUACCUUACCUCUCUCAUUAGUUAUUUCCCCACCACCCUAUUUCAAUGAAGCUUAUUUCAAAAUGUAGGUUUUUUGAAAAUGUUUAUUUUUACUUUUAGAAUUGAAUGAAUUACGUGCCACUUAUGCAUCAACUGUUGUUGAUGAUGAAGAAUCCGUCGAAUCAUAUCAUCAAAUUCAAUUAUGCUUCGAUGAACUAGUUGGACAGCAGUGGCAGUAUAUAAGACGUCCGCAGUACAUAGUACCUUUUCUUCAACCAGGUCGUCUUGUUAAAAUUGUUGUUCAAUCCAUCUCAUACGGAUGGGGAGCUGUGAUCAAUCUGAAAAAACGUCAGCGUAAAGACAGGUCAUCUACACCUGAAUCAUUUUAUAUACUUGAUUGUUUAUUAUGCACCAAUCCAUCUAGAUCGAAUUCAGAAGAAUCUGGUUGUGAUUUACCUAGUGGGAAUCCAGUAGAUAACUCGGAAAUUUCAAAUUCAGUUACUGCUACUGGUAGUGAUACAUCACCGAUGGCUGAGAUUAUUCCUGUACGACUAGAUUGUGUUGUUGGUAUUAGUGCUGUACGUUUAGUUGUUCCAAAUGAUCUUCGUUCAAAAGAGGCUAGACAAGGUGUUUUAAAUGCAAUAGAAAAAGUGAAAAUUCGUAUGGGUGGUAGUUUACCAGUUUUAGAUCCUAUUGCAGAUAUGCACAUUAAUGAUCCACGAUUCCUGGAAGUAAAUGAGAAAGUUACUGCUUUUCAAGAGAGACUACAGCAUCAUUGGCUUCAUGAUGACCCACGUCUUUCAGAACUUUCGAAAGUUUAUAGAAAGAAAGAGCAACUUCGCAAACGUAUCGAUGCUCUUACAGCUAAUCUGAAUAGUAAAGUUUCUUUAAUUCAAUUGGAAGAACUAUCGGCUCGUAAACGUGUAUUAAGACGAUUAAAUUUCGUUUCUGAAUAUGACGUAAUUGAGUUAAAAGGUUGUGUAGCCUGUGAAAUCACCUCGGCAGAUGAGUUAUUAUUAACAGAACUUUUAUUUGAUGGGGUAUUCAAUAGACUGUCGUCUGAGCAUAUUGCAGCAUUACUUUCUUGCUUUGUAUUUGAGGAAAGAGCUUCGGAAAUGCCCAAAUUAACUAAGGAAUUAUCUGAUGCUCUGCGUACAUUACAAGAUACAGCCAGACGUAUUGCACGUAUUAGUAACGAAUGUCGUCUCCCAGUUGAUGAAGAUAAUUACGUGGAUUCAUUUAAACCUCAUUUAAUGGAUCUUGUUGAUGCAUGGACAAGAGGAGCAUCCUUUGCUAGCGUUUGUUCUAUGACAGACUUGUUUGAAGGCACAAUUAUUCGUACAUUGAGAUUACUUGAAGAGUUAUUACGACAAAUGGCUAAUGCAGCUAGAACAAUUGGUAGCAAUGUUUUGGAAAAGAAAUUUGUUGAGGCUAUCGAAAAAAUCAAACGGGAUAUUGUUUUUGCAGCUAGUCUUUAUCUUUGAUCAAUGGUGUUUACUGCAUGCAUUAUUUCUAAAGAUUAUUUGUACUUUUUCAAAUACAAUACAUAUACAUGUGCGUUGUGCAUGGCACUUUUUCUGAUUAUUGAUAGUCCACCUAAUCAAUUGACACAUUCCUUUACCGGUAUAAUCUACCAUGUUGUUUCCGAUAAUUUCUAACCUUUAUGUAAAUUUGAAACUAGGUUGAUGCGAUGGUGAUUAUGAAUUUACAUGUCGUACUUGUAGCGUUUCAGUGGCCUCCAGAUGAAUUCAAAUAUUUAUUACUUGGCAUUGAAAUCUUAGGCUGUAACGCAGUUGAUUAUUUUUCAAGGUUUUAGCAUAAGUUGUAAUAUAUUAAUAAGCUAAACCAAAAUAAUCAACUGAAAGACACUCGCAAUCGCCUAAUGUCCCGAUAUAUAAGGAGAGGUCAAAAUCACCACCAUAUACGGAUUACUUUGACUAAUAUAGCAUAUAAAAUACUAGCCUCAGUAAUUAUCGGGCGCCUAGGACACGUGAACUGCAAACACGAAAGAAUCAAGCUGGCUUCAGAUCUGGUCGUGGCUGCAUCGACCACAUAUUCACCAUUCGUCAGGUUCUAGAACACAGACAUGCUUAUCGGCGUCCGACAAUGGUGGUCUUUCUUGACUUAAAAGCAGCAUUUGACUCUGUAGACCGCGAGAUUCUGUGGCAGUGUCUGCCAUUGAAAGGCGUACCUCAGAAUUACAUAAACCUUGUGAAGGCUCUUUACUCGAACACUACCAGUCGAGUCAGAGCUUAUGGCGAACUGUCAUCUGCUUUUGUAACCUCAAGUGGUGUCCGUCAAGGCUGUCCACU